CCUGGGACUUAGGCGGGACUUCCGGGCGCGCGUAGGCACAACUUCCGGAAGGAGGCGGAAGAGCCUCUCGGGUCUACGUUCCGGAGUCCCGGGACCAGUGAGGGGCCACCCGGGGCACAGGAAAGGGCCGCUGGGGGAGGGCCGGCUGCACUCGGGGUGUCUGGGCCGCGGGUCUGAGGGAUGAGGAGGGGCCAUGGCCAGCGACGGGGCCAGGAAGCAGUUCUGGAAGCGCAGCAACAGCAAGCUCCCGGGCAGCAUCCAGCAUGUGUAUGGCGCCCAGCACCCCCCCUUUGAUCCACUGUUACAUGGCACUUUGCUGAAGUCCACGGCCAAGAUGCCGACCACACCGGUGAAGGCCAAGAGGGUCAGCACCUUUCAGGAGUUCGAGAGCAAUACCAGCGAUGCCUGGGACGCUGGGGAGGACGACGACGAGCUCCUGGCCAUGGCGGCGGAGAGCCUGAACUCCGAGGUGGUCAUGGAGACGGCCAACCGGGUGCUGCGUAACCACAGCCAGCGGCAGGGGCGGCCCACGCUGCAGGAGGGGCCGGGGCUGCAGCAGAAACCCAGGCCUGAGGCAGAGCCGCCCUCACCUCCCAGCGGUGACCUCCGGCUGGUGAAGUCUGUCAGUGAGAGCCACACGUCCUGUCCUGCAGAAAGUGCCAGCGAUGCCGCCCCUCUGCAGAGGUCCCAGUCUCUCCCACACGCGGCCACCGUCACGCUGGGUGGCACAUCUGACCCCGGCACCCUCAGCAGCUCAGCGUUGAGCGAAAGAGAGGCCUCCCGGCUCGACAAGUUCAAGCAGCUGCUUGCCGGCCCCAACACAGACCUUGAGGAAUUACGGAAGUUGAGCUGGUCCGGAAUCCCUAAGCCAGUGCGUCCAAUGACGUGGAAGCUCCUCUCAGGUUACCUUCCUGCCAAUGUAGACCGGAGACCAGCCACUCUCCAGAGAAAACAAAAAGAAUAUUUUGCAUUUAUUGAGCACUAUUACGAUUCCAGGAACGAUGAAGUUCACCAGGACACAUACAGGCAGAUCCACAUAGACAUCCCUCGCAUGAGCCCUGAAGCGUUGAUCCUGCAGCCCAAGGUGACGGAGAUUUUCGAAAGGAUCUUGUUCAUAUGGGCGAUCCGCCACCCCGCCAGUGGAUACGUCCAGGGGAUAAAUGACCUCGUCACUCCUUUCUUUGUGGUCUUCAUUUGUGAAUACAUAGAGGCAGAGGAGGUGGACACGGUGGACGUCUCCGGCGUGCCCGCAGAGGUGCUGCGCAACAUUGAAGCCGACACCUACUGGUGCAUGAGCAAGCUGCUGGACGGCAUUCAGGAUAACUACACCUUUGCCCAACCUGGAAUUCAAAUGAAAGUGAAAAUGUUAGAAGAACUCGUGAGCCGGAUAGAUGAGCAAGUGCACCGGCACCUGGACCAGCACGAGGUGAGAUACCUGCAGUUUGCCUUCCGCUGGAUGAACAACCUGCUGAUGAGGGAGGUGCCCCUGCGUUGCACCAUCCGCCUGUGGGACACCUACCAGUCUGAACCAGAGGGCUUUUCUCAUUUCCACUUGUACGUGUGCGCUGCUUUUCUCGUGAGAUGGAGGAAGGAAAUACUAGAAGAAAAAGAUUUUCAAGAGCUGCUGCUUUUUCUCCAGAACCUGCCCACCGCCCACUGGGAUGACGAGGACAUCAGCCUGUUGCUGGCCGAGGCCUACCGCCUCAAGUUUGCCUUCGCCGACGCCCCUAAUCACUAUAAGAAGUGAGGCUGGGCCCACCUGCAGCUGGCCACACUGCCCCAGGCGCGCGCCCCACCUGCCCGGCCGCUGGUAGGCCCCUGUGAGCUGGUCCUGGGCUGCCAGAAGGCCUUGCAAGGUGGCCGCACCCUCCAGGGGAGCUGGCGAGGACGGGCCCCAGGCUUGGUCUAGGGCGGACAAGGACAGGGACAGCCUCUGUUUUCUGGGAUACCAAAGAGAGCCAGAGGAGGGCCCCGGCUUCGGCGGCCAGAGGCAGGUCAGGGGUCCCCUCGCCCUUUCCCUGCAGUGUCCUUGCCAAAUGACUGCCUCCCGUAGCUCCCAGUCCGGGGCAGCCUCGGAGGCCGACCCUCUCGGGAGGCCCGCUGUCUCCAGGGCCGGAACAAGGCAGUGGCCAUCUCAUACCUACUCUGAAAUGCAAAACUGCUAUUCUGUUGAGUGAAAGAAUAAAAUGUAGACAAAAUCUAGACCGAGACAUUGCACUGCCCCGGGGUCUCUGUGCUGUGAGAUCCCCUCGCAGCCAUAUUUCACCGCUGCUGGCCCUUUCCCUCCGUGUGUUUUCCUGCUUGCUUGGUUUACAUGUGGCUGGGAAGCUGAAGGCUGGAGUCUGACCCGCGAACCCGCCAAGUGCCUGGGAGGCCGUGGGACCAAAGGCUGGGAGCAAAGGGAGGCCUCGCCAUCGCCUUACUUUCCACCUCGAACCUCUUUUACAAGAGAAAACCCCCCACCUCCCUGAGGUCCAGGGCCAAGUGGCCCCACCAUGCAUGUAGGGGCUGGCCUCAGACAGAGCCCCUGGAGACCCACCCAGGCUGUUGGGCCAUGUUGGGCUGGCAGACGGGGUAGGGGGUCGCGGCUCCGUCAUCAAAGCCCUGAACCGCAGUGCUCUUCUCACCACAGCCUGGAAGUGGAAUGAGCUUUUGGAGGCUCCCCAGGCUUGCUAUCCUUGUCCAGAUCUGCCAGGGGUGGGGGAGGUGUGACUGGUUCCCACUGUGGACCGGUUCCCGCUGUAUACCGGUUCUUCCCUGGACCGGUUCUGCCCUGGACCGGUUCUGCCCUGUACUGGUUCCGCUAUGGACUGGUUCCUUGGGGCUCUAAGUGUGGAAGGGCGCAGACCCGGCCCCUGCCCAGCGCUCUGCUAGGGCUGUGUCUGUGGCUCCAGCGGCCUUGGGACUGGCUUCCCAGUAUUCCCUCAGUGUGUCACAGGCCGCAUGGCCCCUGGAAUGUGGGCAGGGCCACAGCCACAGCCUCUCUGAUCCCAGGACAGGCUCAUGUCCUCAGCGACCCACUGGCGACCGACUUCUCAGACUCUCUGUCCCUCAGGAGCAGCCGUGUCCUCUCCCAGGCCCUGGGACACUGCUGGAGACUGUGGGACGUACAGGCAUAAGUGAUGUGUGUGUUUCUGCUUCUGUUUUAAAAAUCCAGGGUCAUUACACACAGCAUGGAAAUUAGCACAAAAUGCUGUGCAAACGUCAGAUGCUCCCAAACCAGCAAAGGGAUGGGCUUGCUUCAGAUCAGAUGCAGGCACGCCUUACGCCUGCCUUGUCUGUCCCCACCCCAGGGUCAGGGGUUCCUCAGACCAGCCAUGCCUCCUCCUCCUGCCGCCUCCUUUUCUAGAUGGGGAGGGGAUUCCGUCACAAGAAGAGCCACCCCCAUGGCCAUGUACAGGAAGCCCCGGGUCGCUUUGCCGAGAUCAGCCCUGGGAGAAUCCCCUUCUCUAGCUUGGAUCAUGCCGUGUGGCCAGAAGGUUGCGGACACAACUCACCUGCUUCUUGAGGUGGUUUAUGUUUUGAAUAGGAUGCUCCACGGAGUUCAGCCCUGUGUGCGUUUCAUCUCCACAUACAUGUAAACGCCAAGACUGAAUGCGAGGGGUGUUGGCCACGGGCCUUGAGUCUGAGCAGAUCCAUCUGGAAUGUUCGGGGUGUGCUGUCUGGAUGUGACGUGCUAAAAACACGGAAUAAAGAUCAGUGAGAAAGCC